AGAGUUAGAAAUCACAUGUGAAGAGUGCAUGAUGUUGUUGUGGUUAAAGAUCAAUCCAUUGGUAAAAUAUUCUUUGUGCAUCAAUGACCAUCUUGGACCACUUGUGGCAAGGGUCCAUAUCAGAAUCCGUCCAUUUUCAACACUAAUUUCAUCCCAUUGGACUGAUUUUUGCAGUUGAAAUUACAUUCAACAUGACCAUUGCUCUUGGUCUAAGACGACGUCGUUGAGUUCGUGGGUAUCUUUCUUCUGCAAUUGAACUUCACGCUGCGAACGAGAAGAAGAAAAUGUCAUCACUGUUUUUGAGAUUAACAAGGUUUCCUUCAAAACCCUUUUUUCCCUUUACUUUAAGGUUAUUCUCUCACUCUCACAAUGUUAAUGAUGCUAUUUACUCAUUCAAUCGAAUGCUACAAAUGCGUAAUACUCCUUCCAUUAUUGAAUUUACCAAGAUUUUAGGUUCUCUUGUUAAAACUAAGAACAAUUACUCAACUGUUAUUUCCCUUUCUCACCAAAUGGAAUUCCAUGGAAUUAGGUCUGACAUUUUCACUAUCACCAUUUUGAUCAAUUGUUAUUGUCACAUUGGUCAAAUGACUUAUGCAUUUUCUCUAUUGGGAAAGAUUCUUAAGACGGGUUAUCAGCCGAAUAUCGUAACCUUGAAUACCCUUAUCAAUGGUCUUUGUCUUAAUAAUGAGAUUCAGAAAGCAUUGUACUUUCAUGAUGAUCUUAUCGCUAAGGGUUUUCAGCUCAACCAUGUUAGUUACGGGACAUUGAUCAAUGGCUUGUGUAAAAUGGGACAUACAACACCUGCCCUCCAACUGUUGAGACGGCUCGAAAAAGGAUCAGUCAAGCCUGAUUUGGUAAUUUACACUACAAUCAUUGAUAGCAUGUGCAAAGAUAAGCUUGUAGAUGAUGCUUGUCAAUUAUUUUCUGAAAUGGUUAUCAAGGGUAUUUCGCCUACUGUUGUCACUUAUAGUGCUCUAAUCUAUGGUUUUUGUAUUGUGAAUAAAUUAAAAGAAGCAAUUGUUUUGUUGAACGAAAUGGUAUCGAAAAACAUCAACCCAGAUGUUUAUACCUUUAAUAUAUUGAUCGAUGCGUUUUGUAAGGAGGGAAAGAUGAAAGAAGCUAAAAGUGUGUUAGCUAUGAUGAUGAAACAAGGCAUCAAACCUGAUGUAGCUACUUAUAGUACUUUAAUGGAUGGGUUCUGCCUUCGUAAUGAAGUGAGCAAGGCCAAAUAUAUAUUCAACACUAUGGUCCAAAGGGGAAUGAUGCCCAAUGUUAAGAGCUACAGUAUUAUGAUCAAUGGGUUCUGUAAGAGUAAAACGUUGGAUGAAGCCAUCAAUCUCUUUGAAGAAAUGCAUUUCAAAAAUAUCUUUCCCAAUAAGGUAACUUACAACACUCUUAUUGAUGGCUUGUGCAAAUCAGGGAGAAUUUCCUAUGCUUGGGAGCUUGUUGAUGAGAUGAGUGACAGAGGUCAACAACCCGAUGUAAUCACCUACAAUUCCUUCUUGCACACUUUGUGCAAAAAUCAUGAACUUGACAAGGCAAUUGCAUUAGUCAAGAAAAUUAACGACCAAGGUAUCAUGCCAGAUUUGUACACGUACAGUAUCCUAAUUGAUGGACUUUGCAAAGGUGGGAGGCUUAAUGAUGCACUAAAGGUUUUUAAUGAUCUUUUGGCUAAAGGAUACAAUCUAAAUGUGGUAAUUUACAACACUAUGAUUUGUGGACUUUGUAACGAGGGCUUGUUUGAUGAAGCAUUAGAUUUGUUGUCAAAAAUGGAAGAUAAGGGUUGCUUUCCCGAUGCUGUCACUUUUGAAAUAAUGAUUUGUGCACUCUUUGAAAGCGGUGAGAAUGAUAAAGCAGAGAAACUUCUACGUGAAGUGAUUGCUAGAGGUCUACUUUAAGAGCAAAACCAGGUUGCAAACCAAGACCUGUAUGUGAUGUACCAUGAAAGUGAACAGAUAUCUUGACUUCAUGCAAGAAAGAGGCAUGGUGUACGGCCCUCUGUCUGUCGUAUUGUUAUAAAAGAGAGAAACUUGAAUGUUGACAGAGGCAUGGUGUAAGGCCCUCUAUGGCUCUAUCUUUUAAUGAAUGCAUUAAUCUUUUCAUAUGAAUUGUGAAUUAAACUAUAAUUUUAGUUUUGCAUAAAAUACAUUGCGAGUGUUUGUAGUCUGUAUCUGGUUUUGUUUAUUGUAUCAGAAUAGUUAGUGGAUUUGAGUUGUGUAAGCGGCUGCAAUAUUGUUCAUACUUGGUUGCUUGUUUUGAGUGUUUUAGGUGCUAGACUAUGGCUGACUUUGUUUCCCCUGCUUUUAGCUAUUUGUCAUAUUGUAUCAACCUUUUCACUGUGUUGAGUAUUAUUUGUGCUUAACAUCUUAAUAAAUUCUUCUGCUUAUAGAAA